GUAGUUAUGCGAAGGUUAUUUUUUCAAGGAAAUCCAUUCAACUAUGUAAUAUACAGGUAGGAAGUAUAAAAUAGGAUUAAACUGACCCUUACUACACCCUUCGGAUCCCUUGCACUCAUUUUAAGCCGGAUAUUUACUCAUAUUUGUUUUCUUAGCCCAGUAACGUUCUAAACUUGCAGGUAGAACGUGCAAGAUUAUCAUCCUCGUUUAAUACUAUUAGCCAAUAAAAACUUAUAAGAAUCAAAAUUUUGACACGUUUUUUCUAACCAAGUUUUACAAGUUCACGACAAGUUUGAAACUUUAUUCCAAAGCACAUACAUAAUGUCACAACUCUGCGUCGUCAAUCUGGAUUACGAGGACACUCCAGCCGGACGGGGUUGGCUGGUCACGAUCGACGGUUUGGACCACAUGCAAGUGAAGCAUUUCCAGGAGCACGUGACCUCCAAAGCGUGGAAAACGGAUGUCAUUUUCUGCACCACGGUCACCAUCGGGCCGGGCGAGGAGCCAAAGUUUCUGGGUGGGGACUUCCGCAGCCAUGACGACAUUCGUCCCGUGGUCGACUCUUAUUUCGAAAUAUUGGACUUUCUUGGAUUUCGAAUGAUCGGAGUGAACACGACGUCCCACCCGGAAAAGGGGAAGCGGUCCACGUGGACGAUGAAGCACGUGUUGUAAUUUACAAUAUUUGCAGACUUGAUAUUUAUGUGGCUCGAGUUGGGAUAUUUUUUUUUCGUCGGUGUGUAAAUACAUAUAUUUCAUAAUUGCCAUUUUAGUACAUAUGUAUGUAUGUAUAUCCACUCAAAAUAAUUUGGCAAUAAA